GCUUAUAAAUCGUUUCUUGUCACUCCAAACCUUGAAUGCUCGUACGUGAUGUGAGUUGUUGUAUUUGUACGCAGUUGUCCUGAAUAUUCCCUCGCUAUGAGUUCAGCUAAGCCGUACAUCGGUUGUAAAAUAGGCUUAAUUUCAAAAGCCCAGAAUCGCUAUGAGGGGAUUUUGUAUACAAUUGAUAAAGUGAACUCUACAGUCGUGCUGGCAAAAGUCAAGUGUUUUGGAACGGAGGGACGACCAACUGAUAGACCAAUGCCUCCCAGAGAUGAUAUCUUUGAGUACAUCACCUUCCGUGGAAGUGAUAUUAAGGAUAUUACGCUGUGUGAACCUCCAAGACCUCACCACGGACUUCCUCCAGAUCCUGCAAUAGUACAGUCAUCCAGUGCAGGCUGUCCAGGCAUCUACUCACCUCGUGGACCUUUUAGCCCCCUAAGGAUGCCCGCCUACAACCAGUUUGCUGCUAGCACUCUACUUAAUCAACAGUAUGCAGCAGCUCUUGGCCUUGGGCCUUUACUUCCAGGCUUUCAUGUCAGAAGGGGCCCCAUGGUGGAAAAGGCUGUUCAGACCCUCCAUGUGGAAAGAUCUAGACAGAGGGGAGGCUCUAUUGCAUUCAGGGAGCAGGAGCAGCGUUUGGACAGAAGGAGGCCUCAGAGGACCAGUGGAGAAAAUUUCCAGACCAGAGCAAACCCUUGUGCUGCCAUGAGGUCAUGCUCAGGUAUGCCCAGUGUUCAGCAGGAAGCUCAGCAGCAGAAUAGUGAAAACAGACCUCCACUGAGGAGAGGACAAGGAGCCCGGAGGCGCAGGAACCGUGGGAGAGGCCAGCUAAUGGUGCCUAAGGUUCCACCUGCCACCCUUAAGUUUGACACAGACUUUGAUUUUGAUUUGUCAAAUGCACAGUUUAUUAAGGAGGAGCUGGAGAGGGAAGUGCAGGACAAGAUGAAUACAAGAGCAGAUGGAAGUUAUGAGGUAAAAGAGAAGGCAAAAAAGGAAUUGCACACAACUGGUGAGGAUGAUCAUUUUGGACCAAAAUGGUACUAUGACAAAGCAAAGUCUUUCUUUGACAACAUCUCAUCUGAUAAGAAGUUCAGACUAACGUGGGCUGAGGAGCGGAAGCGCAAUCUGGAGACUUUUGGGGUCCCUGGGCGGUUUCUGAGGAGCCAAGGCUUCAGAAGUGGCUAUAAUGGACGAAGAGGACGGGGCACUGCUCAAGCUCUGUCUUACAGAAUGAAGAGUGGACAGCUGUAAAGGUCAGAGUUUGGUACUAAAGUAAUCCCAUCCUUCCAUGGUUGUUUCCCUUCCAUAUGGUGACUGUGUUGCGAUGAGCCAAAGCAGUUCUGUUGGAACCCUAAGAAGUUGAGUCUUUUCUUGAUUGUUUUUCUCCCUGGUGCAUAUUGCCCUGAUUGUAUUUUUAUUUAUCCUUUUUUUCCCCCCCAAUUUGCCUACAUUUUGAAUAUGGGUGCAUGGCUCACUUACUAUAGUUUUUUUUGUUUUGUUUUGUUUUUUUUUUUUUCCCCCCAUGCUUUUUUUUUUUUUUUUUUUUUUUUCCAAUUAACUUGGAAAUGAAUGUUUAAGUUUGUUUUAUUUUCUGCUAUUUGGAAGAAUUUCUCUCCUAAAAUGUGUUGGUUUCAUGUUUAAAGUAUCUGGCUGUGCCUAACCUAAUUUGUAAAUUUAUUUCAUUAGCAGAUGCUGUAAACCAUAUACAUUAACAUAACAUGAAAUGAACUUAAAUGUAUUUAAAUACUUAAACUUAUGCAUUGCUUUAUUCUUUCACUGAAGCAAGACCUAGUGUAAAUAAACUGGAAGUUGCUGAUU